AUGUGGUUUCUUUCCUGGUUCCGCGAGAUCCUCUCCUCUCUAGGACUGGUGAACAAGCAUGCCAAGCUGCUGUUCCUGGGACUUGACAAUGCCGGAAAGACGACACUACUGCACAUGCUCAAGAACGAUCGAGUUGCCAUUCUGCAGCCCACGCUGCAUCCGACCUCGGAGGAACUCGCCAUCGGCAACGUUCGCUUCACCACGUUUGAUCUCGGUGGCCAUCAACAGGCUCGCCGCAUUUGGAGAGACUACUUCCCCGAGGUCAACGGCGUCGUCUUCCUUGUAGACGCCAAGGACCACGAGCGCUUCGGCGAGGCCAAGGUCGAGCUCGACGCCCUCCUGGCCAUGGAGGAACUGUCCAAGGUCCCCUUUGUCAUUCUGGGCAACAAGAUCGACCACCCCGACGCCGUGUCCGAGGACGAGCUGCGCCACCAGCUCGGCAUGUACCAGACGACGGGCAAGGGCAAGGUCCAGCUGGAGGGCAUCCGACCGAUUGAGGUAUUCAUGUGCUCUGUGGUUAUGCGACAAGGCUAUGGCGAUGGCAUACGGUGGCUUUCGCAGUAUGUAUGA